AUGUGCUCGACGACUCCGCUCUAUUAUCCGUUCCGCGGUGGACCCAAUGAUCUGGUGACCGGACCGUUGAACUCUUCGACUACCGUAAGAAUCUACUGUCUUGUUCUUUCAAACCUUUGUUGCUUUCAGAUCCAUUCGGUCACUGAGGCUGACAUUGGCCCAAGUACCACUGCCAUCACCAACGCAGACCAGACGGAAUUUCUCGAGAAUGCGAUGAGUCCGCUUUUCGAACGCAUGCUGACCAUCAAAAUGAUACAGAAUUUGAUGUUCGCCGUGUACCCGAAUGCUCUGACUGUCCUCCUCGAGGAACUGCAGAAGGAACAGUCGGCCGGAACCUCACCUCAUCGCCAUUCCGAAGCUCGUGAAAUAGGCGCUCCGAUCGUGCAUGCACCUUGCUCCACUCCUUCUGAAUGCCCAUGCUCCACUCCUUCUGAAUGCUCGUUGAAGGUGAGUUUGAAGAUCAAUCAGCCUGUAUUAUAUUUUUUCCAGAUCCGCAUCCGUCCGUGUGCUAUUCAGCCGAUGAGCACUUUCAAACGGACGCUCAGCGCCUUCUUCCCGAGAAGAAGACACCGCGUGCACCACAUGAGCGACGAGGAGUUCGUCGUUGAGAUCCACUCGUUCGAGGAAGUCGUCUGUGCCGGUGGCCCUGGAUUCCCGAUUCUGUCGUUUGUCGAUCAGAAUGAGAACACGAUCGAAUUCCCCCAGUGCAAGUACCCCGGAUGA